GACUUUGAACUGGACAUCAUUUCAGCAUUUUGUUUCAGGAUGCGCCGGUGAGCAGCCGGGUGAUUCGCGAGGUUCGAGAUGUCCGCCGUAACCAGCCCGUAUGGCCCCGCGGAGAUGCUUUCCGAUUCGGUCUACAACUACGCGACGACCCGACGGGGCGCCGCCGAUCAGGACAGCGACUCCCAGUACGAGGGCCAAGCCCAGUUGCAAAUCACCAGCAGCAUCCAGAGCAAGCCGCGGAACAAGCGGAAGAACUUCAAGCCGAUAAGCAGCCGGAUGGCGGAGGUGUCCGACGAGUCCGAGAGAGAUGACGACGAGCCGGAGGUCGUGGAGGAGAGUUCCAGCGAAAUCCUCGAGUACGAGAGGAAGACGAUGCUGCUACCAGCCGGAGAGGAGAGGUCGAAGCAAAGAUUAAACAACAACGAGGUCAGUCCGAUGGACCUCUCGGUCACCACCAGACCGCCGUCCUCCGAUGCCGACGACGACAGCGCGGAUUCUCUCAGGCAUAAGUUCAUCCUCGAGCAGCUGAGGUCGCAGAAACUUUAUUCCCCCGGUACAGAGGCGAGGAGCCCGAACUCUGAUUCGUCGGAAAGAAGCGGGAGCGGUGUCCUGGACGCGGAAUCAUCUCGCUUGGAUGAUCAGGACACGCAGUUCGACGAUGAGCGGGGUAACGACGCCGAUGGUGAGGUCGAGAUCGAAGAACGGAAACCCUUCGAGGGCAUGAGGGAGUACGCGGAGUCGACGAUGCAGGAACUUCUGGCGAUCUACGGGUUGGCAGGAGGCGAACUGGCAAAGUCGGUCAGCAGACAACCGCCGCCCACGUUUCUCAAUCCGAAUACCGGCCAGCAAGCUCAAGGAAAACUGAAGGUGAAGGAGGAGAAGGACGCCUCGUCGAUGGCGCCCGGAAGUCCGCCCACGCCUCCGCAUACCCCGCAAAGUCCGCAACGUGUGAUCCCGUCUCUUGGUAAUCUGUCGCAAUCCUGCCAAACAUCAAACGCGAACUCUCCAAAUCUGCAACAACAACAGCAGCAGCAGCAGCAGCAACAGCAGCAAUCGCAGCAGCAUCAGUCGCAGGAGCAGCAGCAACAUCCCAUGCACGCCAUGGCUAAUUCGUCGUUAAGUCAGAUACUGGUGCAGAAUCCAGCGUUAGCGCAGUUGCUGCAACAAAAUCCAACGAUUUUGUCGCAGAAUCCGCAGUUGGCGCAGCUGCUGCAGCAGAAUUUGCAGGCUCAAAUGGGCAGCGUGCUUUUCCAAAAUGUGAGGCGGGAGGAAUCCGAGGACUCGAGGGUACCGCCGACAAUAGCGAGCCUGGCGCGAUGAAGGUGAGGCAGCUGACCCGAAGGUUCCGGUGAGUUACUAUUUCCUCCUGCUGCGGAAGUUAUCGGAUCGUAAUUAGAUCGAAUCGAGACCGCGCCGCGUUCGAUGACCCUGCUCGCGCGAAC